GGGAGGGGGUGCCUUUGGAAGUAAACACACGGAGGAAAACUCAUCGAAGCUUACGGGAUGUUCCAAGACGUUUAGAAAGAUAUCUCUGCACACCUAAUCAUGGCCCUGACUGAAAAUGAAACAACACCACACACUGGUUAUGUUCCUCAUUAUCUCCUCAGAGGUGAUCCUUUUGCCUCCAAACUGUCAAAAGAGGCAGACAUUAUAGCUGCCUUCUACAUCUGUAUCAUAGGGGUCAUGUCAGCCACAGGGAAUGGAUAUGUCCUUUACAUGACCUUCAGACGGAAGACAAAGUUAAAGCCUCCUGAACUCAUGACAGUGAAUUUAGCACUCUUUGACUUCGGCAUCUCAGUCACAGGGAAGCCAUUUUUCGUGGUCUCAAGCUUCUCCCAUCGGUGGCUCUUUGGGUGGGAAGGCUGUCGCUUUUACGGAUGGGCGGGUUUUUUCUUUGGGUGCGGCAGUCUAAUCACAAUGACCAUUGUCAGCCUUGACCGAUAUCUGAAGAUCUGCCAUCUAAGAUAUGGGACAUGGUUCAAGAGGCAUCAUGCAUUUCUGGCCUUGGUGUUCAUCUGGCUAUAUGCAGCCUUCUGGGCCACCAUGCCGUUGGUGGGGUGGGGAAACUAUGCCCCUGAACCUUUUGGUACCUCCUGCACUCUGGAUUGGUGGCUGGCACAGGCAUCUAUUUCUGGACAGAGUUUUGUCAUGUGCAUGCUCUUCUUCUGCCUUAUCUUCCCCACCAUCAUCAUCGUGUUCUCCUACGUCAUGAUCAUAUUCAAGGUCAAGUCCUCGGCCAAAGAGGUUUCCCACUUCGACACCAGAAAUAAAAGCAGCCACAACCUGGAAAUGAAAUUAACAAAGGUGGCGAUGUUGAUCUGUGCAGGCUUCUUGAUAGCAUGGAUCCCUUAUGCAGUGGUGUCAGUGUGGUCUGCCUUUGGGGAACCUGACUCAGUCCCUAUACCAAUCUCUGUAGUCCCCACCUUGUUAGCGAAGUCCUCAGCCAUGUACAAUCCCAUCAUAUACCAGGUCAUCAACUGCAAAUAUUCCUGUGCAAAAUCCUGCUGCUUCAGGAAAAGGAAGCACUACAACAGCUCAAGGUUUUACACUAUUUCAGCAGCAGUUAAAGAUGCACCAGCUAAUGAUGCUAAUAUUGAAAUCUGAAAAAAGGAUCUUCCAAUAGAAAGCCUGUGUUCGAACGCUUGGCUCCACCUCUUUUUCAGUAUUGGUCCACGGUUCAGACAUCACCCCCGAUAAUGAUGUCUGACCUCUCCGCCUGCC